AUGGCACCUAAUAUCUUGUUUGUAUUUACCUCUACCGAUAGGACUCUUACCGGUGCUCCCACAGGGUGGUAUCUUCCAGAGGCCGCUCACCCUUACUAUGUCCUUUCCCCUCAUUUCAACAUUGAAUUCGCAGCUCCUGCUGGCCCUAACCCGCCUGUGGACCCAGCCAGUGUACAGAUGUUCCAAGAUGACGUCAAGUUCUUGGAGGAUGCCAAUGUGCAGUCGCUGCUCGCCAAAGCAAAGAAGCUUACCGACGUUAAAGUAGAUGACUACGAGGCCAUCUUCUAUAUUGGAGGACAUGGUCCAGUCAUUGAUCUUGCUGUUGACCCCGCCAAUAUCAAGCUCGCAUCCGAGUUUUAUCGUGCAGGGAAACUGACGACUGCAGUCUGCCAUGGUCCAGCAGCACUAGUCGGAGCUACCGAUGCAUCCGGGAAAUCUAUCUUCGCAGGGAAGGCCUUUACAGGUUUCUCCAACGUUGAGGAAGAACAAGUCGGCAAAGUCAAGGAUAUCCCUUUCCUUCUCGAGGAUAAAAUAACUUCUCUCGGAGGAAAGUACGAGAAAGCAACAGCGCCAUGGGGGGCCAAGGUAGUUGUUUCUGGGCAUCUCAUCACCGGUCAGAAUCCCGCAUCCGCUCAACCUAUUGGAGAGGCUAUCCUGAAAGCACUAAAAUCCUAA